AUGAAUCGACCAGCUGUUGGACCACAAGCCCUUCGCGGCCUACCGAAUGGGUUCCCAAGUCAGCAACAACUACCACAGAAUCGAAACGUCUCAGGCAGAUUACCUCAGGGUGCAAAGAUGCCGAGCAAUGGUGCAACUUGGGCAUUUGGUGGCGGAGUACCGAUGGGAAAUGCAGGUUUGGCAGCCUCUCGACAGACGAAUGGACCUAUAACAAGCUUUGCACAAACAAUUGGAGCCUCUUCACAGUCGGCAGCGCCCUUGGACCUAUCAGAAUUUCCAACGUUAUCAAACAACCAACCUCAACCAAGCCAAUCAACUUGGGCUACUCCAGGAAGUAGGACUGUCGCGUCAUCUGGGAAUUUGCGGCUGCAACAGGCGGCUCUUUCAGCGCAGCAGCAACUAAACUCACAGCAACAAGCACAGCAGCAGCCAGACGACCUAUUCAGUGCAAACUCGCAACUAUCCAGUAGUCAGGGUGGAUUUAGAUUUGGUAAUCAGAAUGCAGUCGGGCAGGCUUCGCAGUCAAACAACGUCGACGAGUUCCCCCCUUUGAACCGUAACGCCAACGGUGACAUUGGCUCAGAUCGAGGUUCAAAUAUAAUGCAAAAUUCCGGGUUCUCAAGCCAAGCGACCGGACUAGGCUUCGGGUCUACAAAUCCACCUCAGACCAGUCGUAAUAACGGAUUACUGAAUGCGCUGUCUGGGAGUAGCAGACUAGGUAACAGAGUUGCAUCUCCCACAAGCCUGUCAGCCAUUUCUAAUUCGAGAUCGCCAAUACAGAGUGGCCGAACACAUCAUGGUGGAGCAGGGGAGGAUGGAACCACCUUUACGGAGUCGAACUUUCCUACCAGUGUGAUACACGAUGAAAAGGACGCACAAUCUAACAUGAGUCUCGGUGCAGUAUCUCAGCCCGAUGGCGCAUCUCCGCAGCAUGAGAACCCGGUACGACGAUCUCAAGGGGCCGAGGGCACUUCUCAAGCAUUACACGACGAUUCCGAUGACCCCAGUCCCGAAGUUCAGGAUCCGUUAUCCCAUAUGUCUGACAGCGAUCGCUGGGGUUUAAAAGGAUGGUCUUUCAUGAUGAACAACUUCCCGGACUACUCCGCCCUCGUUAACGGUUCCAACAUCACCAAUCUUGGCUUUGACCUAAACUCAUCCGAACCUUUCUCGACCGAGAUAUACUCCCUGUGGGAUAGUGAGCCUAGUAGGCCCUCCAUUCCACAUUAUGAUAUCCCCGACUGCUAUCGUGUACACAACGUAAAUUCUUUGGAGACAAAAAUCCAGAACUUCAAUGAUGAAGCUUUGAUUUUCAUGUUCUACAGCAACCCGGGUGAUAUGCAGCAAGUUAUGGCGGCUCAAGAGUUACAUACUCGUAAUUGGCGCUACCAUAAGAAAUUGCAGCAAUGGCUGACCAAAGAUGACAUGAUGGUUCCACAAACACUCGGCAAUGGCACGGAGAGAGGAUACUACAUUUUCUUUGAUAUCAAGUUGUGGCAGCGAGAACGACGAGAACUAACACUAAUUUAUGAUGAUCUCGAGAGUCUACCAACCGGGGGUCGGGGUGGGCUUGUCUAG